AUGUUUCUAAACUCUACAAGAUGGAAUGGGAAACAAUGCCAUUGCAGACUAGGAACAAUGGCGAAUUUGAUCGGUGUAUUCAAGAACUUCCCCAAGGAACUCUUCCGCAUUAAUAAUGGUCAUCAUAUCCAACUGCGCCAGUGGUCGCCCAAACGACACGCCUUUGAUGUUUGCAUCAAUAAAGGCAUGGUCCAAGCAAAGGCACUGCAGCCGCACUUGUACCAAGGUAAGCCACCGAAUGGUGCGUCUAUGCGACCAAAUUCACCAUACCAACAGCAACUUGUCGCCAGGCUAUUCAAGGGUAAGAAUGUGAUCAUAUAUGCGGUACCUCCAGGUAAGUUGUUCUUAUGGACUCCGCACCUAAUCUGCGGCCAUGCCCCAUCAAUCAUUGUGCCAACAUCUUAA